AAUUUCUCGGGUACUAAAAAGCGCCGCGCUGAUUGGCCGAUCUGAUUAGGAGGCACGGUUUUUAAACGGCUGUUUUUAUUGACAAAAGUCGAAAAAGCAAGACUUACUUAGCUUCGGGGAGCUACAUGUUUGAAUCCGUUUCCAGCUCGUUCAACGAUGCCAGAGGAGCAGAGUAAAGACAUCAGUGUUCGGGUUGCCAUCCGUUCCCGUCCCCUCAUAUCCAAGGAGGUAGCAGAGGGAUGUCAGGUGUGUGUUUCCUUCACCCCUGGAGAACCUCAGGUUGUCCUUGGCAAGGACAAGGCAUUCACCUUUGAUUAUGCUUUCAGGGCUGAAGAUCCACAGGAGAUGGUCUACAAAAAGGUGGUGUCACGUCUUGUGGAUGGACUUUUCAAAGGUUACAAUGCAACAGUCCUAGCAUAUGGUCAGACGGGAUCGGGGAAGACAUAUGCCAUGGGUAACGCAUACAACAUGACGGAUGAGAUCAAGAUGGGGGUGAUUCCUAGAGUUAUUCAGCACCUCUUUCGAGUGAUUGAAGAGAAACAGGACAUGGAGGUCAUGCUUAAAGUUUCAUAUCUUGAAAUUUACAAUGAGGACAUCCAUGAUCUGUUAUCUAAAGACAAAAAGGAGUCCCUUGCCAUCAGGGAAGACAUAGACGGUGGAAUAAGAGUGUCGGGGUUGAGUGAAGUGACAGUGACGAGUGCUGGUGAUAUGUUCAGGUGUCUUGAGAAAGGAUCUGUAGGAAGAACGACGGGGUCUACGGCUAUGAACCUCCAGUCCAGCAGAUCGCAUGCCAUCUUCACCAUCUACGUGCAGCUGAAGAAGAAAGAUUCAAGUGAAUCAUGUUGUCAUGCAAAAUUUCAUUUGGUUGAUCUUGCGGGUUCAGAGAGAGCAAAGCGCACCCAAGCACAGGGAGAUAGGUUCAAAGAAGGAGUAAAUAUCAACCGGGGUCUUCUGUCACUUGGCAAUGUAAUAAGUGCACUUGGAGAUGAGAAUGGCCGUAAAGCUCACAUACCAUACAGAGAUUCCAAACUAACAAGGCUUCUACAAGAUUCUUUGGGAGGAAACAGCCAGACUGUGAUGAUUGCUUGCAUCAGCCCUGCCGACUCCAACAUGGAGGAAACUUUGAAUUCCCUGCGCUAUGCAGACCGGGCUAGACGCAUUAAGAACAAACCCAUUGUAAACAGAGAUCCACAGACAGCCGAGAUGAAUAAACUUAGACAACAGGUUCAACAACUUCAGAUCCAGCUUCUUCAAGGAAAGAUUAUCAAUGGAGAGGGUGAUUCUGCUGCUUUGGGCAUGGAAGGAGGCCAAGAUCUGAAGACCUUAUUGGAGAGAAACAAGUCAUUAGAGGCUGAAAACGCAAAGCUCUCAAGUGAACUGCAGUCAUCUAUAGAUCAAACGACUCAAAUGUAUGAAAAGGUUAUACUGGCCGAGAUGACCAAAGAAAAGCUCAAACAAAAAAUCAAUGAGCUCAGGGCGAGGGCUGACAUGACCAUCGGAGCUCUAGACCUGACCAUCGCUGAGGGUGGCACUGAGCAUGACAUGUCAAAGGUCAAAGAGCAGCUCGGUAUCAUGAAAGAACUUCAACAGAAGAUAGUAGAUUUAGAAACUCAACAUGAGGAGGAUGAGAAGGCUGAAGCACUCUAUGGGGAUGCUGAGUCAAGGCCUACGACCGCUGCUACCUCAUCAGAUGGGACUGAAUUCACCGGAUCUUCACCACGGCCCGAGGGGGAGGACUCGGCCACUCCUGAUAUCACCAAGACGCAUGCCCUUCGUCAGGCGGCCCUGAGCAGAGAGCUCCACGAGCUCAACCAAGCUCUAGCUAGGAAACAGGAACUUGCACAGACCAUGGGACAGAGUGAUGAGAAGAUGGAAGUCAUGAGGAUACAAUAUGAGACGACUAUGAAGCAGUUAGAGGACCAAGUGACUACAUUGCUGAAGGAGAAGGAAACCUUGAGUCAUGAGCUCUUUGCAAACAAAUCAAAUGCAAAUACCAACAAAUUGAGUGAGCAGCGCCGGAAGAGACUUCAGGAGUUGGAGGCAGAACUAAAUGCAUUAAAGAAGAAGAUUAACUCACAAGCCAAGCUCGUUAAACUCAAAGAGAAGAGUGAUCUUACUGUUGGUAAACUCAACAAUGAGAUUGGGGCAAUGAAGCAAGCCAGGGUCAGAUUAAUGAAGCAGAUGAAAGAAGACACGGCCAGAUUCCAACAAUGGAAACGAACAAAGGAUAAGGAAGUUCUGCAGCUCAAAGCUAAGGAUCGCAAGCGUCAAUUUGAGUUUACAAGGUUAGAACGUCAGAAUCAGAAGACUCAGAAUGUUCUUAGGAGAAAGAUGGAAGAGGCAGCAGCUGCUAAUAGGCGCCUGAGAGAUGCCCUAGAGAAGAAGAGUAACGCAAGGAAUGGAAAGACGGUUGAUAAUACCAAUAGACUAGAAGGAAUGGGAAAGAGAAUCAAGUCGUGGAUCGACCAUGAGCUUGAGGUACGAGUGAGUGUGAAUGAAGCCAAGAGACAUCUAGCUUCACUUCUCAACGACCGCAAGACACUAUCACAGGAGAUCAGGAGAAGGGAAGCAACACAACAGGAUGAUAGUCAGGAACCAAAAGGAAAACCAGCAUUAGAUGAAUUGAGAUCUGAGAUGGAACUUAGGAGUGCUCAGAUCUCAGAUCUGCAGCAGAAAAUUAUGGAUGCUGACAAUGAUGAGAAAUCACAGACCAAUAGAUGGCAUCACAUCACUAGUAUGCCUGAAGCGAAGACUGGUAUUGACAGACUCAUGGAAGCAGCCACAUUAUCAAGGGUUGACUUGGGGAUCUUAGAAAGCAAGAUGUCUGAGCUGCAGGUAUUACUUGACGACGCUAAAAAGGACAAAGAAGAGAUGGAGACGGAAAUGAACGAGGUGAAGAUGGCUUAUGAGAAAGAAAGGACUGAGAUACAAAGAGCACAUGAAGACAAGAUUUUGUACCUACUAACCCAGCUCUCUGCAGCUUCUGAUAAACCAGAUGACUCAGAGCAAACAGUCCACGCAGAAGAGAGUGUACUCAAACAAAGACUCCAUUUCCAGGAGGAGCAAAUUGAGGAGCUAAAGUCAAUACAUGAACAACUUCAAGAAACCUUGCAAGAGAAUGAUGAACUAAAGAAGAAACUGACUGUAGCAACUUACAAAGGAAAGAAAUCCGCUCUUAUGCCUGUUCUGACAUCACCAGAAGCAUCACCGAUUCCUCAAACUAAACCUAAGAAAAAGAAGUCAACAGCAGUUGCUAAAGUGAAAAAAGAAGAACGAGUGACUCUGGAAGAAUUUUUCAGUGAUGAUGAGAGUGAUUCUGAAUAUGGUGUUGAUUCUGAAUCAGACUGGAUGGAGACACCUAUUAAGAGGAGGGCUAGUAGAGCAAAGACCUGUAACUGCAGGACCAAAUGCCGGGGUACAUGUGGAUGCAAGAAAAAUAGGCGACCCUGCAGCAAAGCAUGCAAAUGUGACCCGAAAAUUUGUGAGAAUCACGAAGGUCAUGAUUCAAAUGAGAGUGCUGAUUUGAGUGCCACCAACGUUACCAGCAUAGAGAAUACAGAUAUGAUGAACACCACAGUCGUCUUAGAAAACAGCACAUCGGAAGCGGAUGCCGACACCCCUGGUCUCCAAGACUUCAAGAUGCCUAGCAAGCCUGGCAAGGUUCUAGCACCUGUGAAUCGCCCAUUGGCUACGGGUAAACCCGCCACCGCCAAGCCCAAACUCAAGAGGGAGAACGCCUUUGGAGCAGGUUCCCGCAAGCGAUCGUCAGAUGCCCUGAAGGGUGAUACCAAGGGGUCGCUGGCUAACCUUGAGAACGAGGGGAUCGUGAAGCGAAAAAAGAAACUGCUUGGUCCUAGCAACCGCAGUUUCUUCAAACCUCUUGAUGUUUGAUUGAUAUCAACAACGGUACUAGUAUCAAAGAAACAAGUGCCUCACUGAAAUCAUGGCUUGGAAAGGAGUUCAUAGUAAUAGACAUUAACAACCCAAGCCAAAUUACAGUCUAUGAUGAAUUAUAGAAAAUCACUUGUGUCGACAAAACUUGACAUGGAGGCAUCAAAAGACAGUUUUUUAAUCACCUUUUGAGUCAUGCAAAGUUUCUUAUGCUUUUUUCUCAGUUCUAUGUCAAAUACUUGAUCAUUUCAAGGCCUUGGAAAUAUACAUGUAUGUAUGCAUUACAGGUCUAGUGUGAUUUAAUUGUGUGUGUGUGUGUGAACUCAUCUUCAGCCUUGCAACAUGAUACUAAACUGGAUUGCUACACCAAGUCUAUCCUGAUAAUAACAUCGACUUGUUGAUAGAAUAAUUAAACAUAUCAUAGCCUGGUAAUAUGGAGUGGUGAACCAUUGUUUUGAUAUGGUCCGAUUCCCAACUUAUUGUCCGAUCAGAACAGACCACCAUCACCAAGUGCUGUCCAUGCGAACCUGAAGUUUUCAAUGAUCCUCUUUGCAAGAACAGUUGUCUACUAUAUUUUUGUUAGCAGAAAUUGUUUCAAAAUUUUGAUUGGGAAUGUUGAUGGUAAAGACGACAUAAGCUCAGAUUUAUUUUUGCACUUUCUCAAAUUCAGGUCAAUCUAGUAGGUUGACGUUUAUUAAGAAACAUUAGAUUCAAAGGGUUUCAUAAUCACCGGUAACGCAUCAAUUAAAAGAAAAUACUGGAAUGUUUAGUCAUUUGAAACUUAGUUUGCCGUGGUUUUGGGAAAUGAUUAUGAGGCCAUUUCCUAAUAAGCUCCCAUGGAUAUGUUAUGGUGUAAUGAUUGUUUAUUUAUCUUUGAAUGGGAAAAACCCAACAACACACUGAAUGUAUACCAAUGAAUAAUAAUAAUAAUAGCGGCACAUUUACCCAGGGUAGCCACUUCAGUUCCGAAAACUGUUCUCCCAGCGGCCCCUGCUAUUAUUACCCCGGCUUUAGCACGGCUACCUUUAUCGGGCGCUCGAGCAUUCGAGGAAUUUCUUCCUACCGGUUACCCAUUCACCUCACCUGGGUCGAGUGCAGCACAAUGUGGAUAAAUUUCUUGCUGAAGGAAAUUACGCCAUGGCUGGGAUUCGAACCCAUGACCCUCUGUUUCAAAGUCCGGAGACUAAUCCACUGGGCCACAACGCUCCACAUACCAACAAGCCAAUCCUGAACUGUCAAAAUGAAGUCCCACCUGAAUCAUGAAUGCCACCAUUUGUGUCUUUGGUUGAAUGAAAUUGAUUACUAAUUCAAUUUUUGAUGAAUUUUGUAUUCAUAUCAAUCACAUUAUGUGAAAUGGUGUAUAUUUUGUUAAUUCACUAUGUAAAUAUGUUGUAAAUACUAUGCUUGCCCACUACCCACAAGGGGUUGACCUGUGGUUAUGUAGAUAUAUUGAAAUGACUUCACAUUGCAAGCUUCCAGUCAUUCCAAAUGCUAAAGCAAUCUUCAAACAGAAGUGAUUGCCAUUUCCUCUUUGCAUCACUGCAUGACAAAUGUGCAAUCAAUGGCAAGUCAUCUUGUGAUCAAAAGUUUUGGACUCAAUAUUGGAUUAGAAAAUAUGUAAGAUUUGCAUUUGCCAAAGUUAAAAUUGAUUAUUUGCAAACUUUCAAUUGAUCAAUUGAAAAUAAAUUUUCUUGCAAAACUUCAUAUAAAAGCUUGCAGUGUCGAGUGCCUGACAUUAUUUCUUCCAAAAAAUAUUUUUCAAAUUUUGUACAGAGUACAUAAUGUAUUUCUUGGUGAUUUGAUAUGAAUGAAAUAAAAAUGUACAUUUUAUACUGAAAAAUUAGUCUUGAACCAUAAA